AAACACAGAGAGCACAGCAGCAUCAACAUCAUCCUUCACCUCAGUCUAAGAACAUCAGCUAACCAUAACCCUAACCUGGGGGUAAAAUCGCUCUCAGUAUCUGUUUUCAGAUGUGCAUGUGAGGAGCUCUGUUUGCUCGUGCAGAAAGGAUUAUCAUCAAUUCCACUCUGAGGACCAUGAUAUUGUGGUCCCCAUCAUCUCUGUGCAGGUAAACACUGUAGAUCAGUAUGGGCAGUCGGCCCAGUAAAGACCGGCGUGGAUCCAAUGCUCAUGCUGUCCUGUUGGACACAGAGGACAGCAACGGCCCGCUGACCAUGGAAAGUAUCAGAUAUGUGCUGGUGUCUCUGUAUGACUAUCCAUCCAGAGGUCCGGGCGACUGCGCCAUUAGAGUCGGAGAACGCCUCAACAUUCUGUCAGAUGAGGGAGAGUGGUUUAAAGUCAGCUCAUCAGCCACAGGAAACGAGAGCUACAUCCCCAGCAACUACACCGCCAAACUCUACAACAGGUGGCAGUUUGUGGGUCUCAGCAAACGGAAAUCGGAGGAACUGCUGAUGCUCCCUCAUAAUCAGCCCGGCUCUUUCCUCAUCAGAGAGAGCGAGACCUUUCCAGGUAACUACACUCUGUCAGUGCGCAAAAGCGGCUCACAGGAGCGUGCAUCUGUCAAACACUACCGCAUCAGCUGUAUCGACAACGGCUGGUUCUACAUCUCUCCUGGACUCACCUUCAGGACCCUCUCAGACAUGAUCGCGCACUAUUCAGUAUCGGAUGGGUUGUGCUGUACUCUCGGAGAGCCGUGCUUCAUCAUCGGAUCCAACAAUGUCCCUGUGGUCAAUGGCGCUCCUCCGGUUGCGGUGAAAAGGCCAACUAUCAACUGGAAAGAUGUUGACAGCUCCAUGAUCUUCAGUCAGACUAAAGAAGGAGCUGAGGAUUCUCUGGUGAGCGAGGGCCUGAAGGAAGCCAUCAAUUCAUACCUCUACAUGACGGAGAAAUGCGAGGACUGCUGUCAGCUCUGGGAGACGUGACAGGAGAAAGAGCGAGCGUAUAAAGGACUUUCGCUCGUCUGUUUCUUAGAAGAUGAGCGCAGAAGCGGUUUGGGCGUCGGAUGAAGUUUUCCCUGACUCAUUACUGUUCUUCUAGAGUGGGUGCUGGAGAUGUCAGAUGUGAGACUCGUCCUGAAAGAGCCACAGAGGAGUGUGUGUGUGUGGGUGGAGGAACAGAUGGAGGUGGUGCAUCCACUUACACACACUUGUGACGCAUUUACAUGAGGCGGCAUGUCACUGGAAGACCAGAGAAGCUGUACUUACAGUAUCAAGGAGAUAUUGGUCGAUGUAUCGCUUCAAUUGGAAAAAAGAAUGUAUUUAUAACUUGGAAUUUUUGUUUGUAAAUAAAUGUACAGUUGUCAAAUA